AUGGCUGACAAAAAGAAACCGGGAAGUUUUUAUCGAAAAAGAAAAGCCGACAAAGAAAAAUUCAUAGAAAGACAAUCUGGCUCGCUUUUUAAAUAUAUUCGCUUGAUAAACGAUACUGAAACUGAAGGGCAAGAUCAAGGAAAUCCAGAUAAUCCGCAGAUGACUGGUGAUACUGAAGGAAAUAUUUUUGCAGAAACUUCGCAGGUGAAUUCAGAAGUUGUUGGUAAUAAUUCAGUAGUAGAUCCGGAGAUAGAAAACGAUUCACCAGAGGAAAGUCCGAAAGAAGCUGCCGUAAGCUGCGUGAGCGUUAGAAGUCUAGAUGACGAUCCUGCAAAUUGGCCUCUAAAUCUCGAUGAUAGUAUGCGAACGAUGUUGGUGCGGAACAAACCACAGCAAAUCUCCAAAUUCGAUUUUCCCAAGGACUGUCGGAACAGGAAAUUCUCGUCGAACCAUUACAAACGAAUUCUACCUAACGGCGAAGAAGUUAAACGUCCAUGGUUACUCUAUUCUAUCAGAGCAGACAUGGUUAUUUGUUUCUGCUGUAAGUUGUUCAACAGAAAACAUAGGACAGCUCUUCAGGAAUCAGGAUUUAAAGAUUGGAAAGAUCUUGCAGCACUGCUGUCUUCGCAUGAGAAGAGUAACUCUCAUUUGGAGAGUUAUCAAACGUGGAAAGAACUUGAGUUGCGUGUUUCCACAGAUUCAACCAUCGACAAAGCCAAUCAACUACAGAUUAAAGAGAGGGAAAAGUAUUGGUGUCAAAUUCUAGAACGCUUGAUUGCUUUGAUCACAGUUCUUGGCACACAGAAUCUAGCAUUGCGUGGAACAAACGAAAAAUUGUAUAGUGACAAUAAUGGGAAUUUUCUAAAAUUUGUCGAAUUUCUAGCCUUGUUUGAUCCAGUGAUGACCGAACAUGUUCGUAAAAUACGAAGUAACGAAAUUUCAAUUCACUACUUGGCGAAAGACAUUCAGAAUGAACUCGCUAACAUAUUGGCAAAAACUAUCAAGAAGUCAAUCCUAUCAGCUGUAGAAUCUGCCAAAUAUUAUGCGAUUGUCUUAGACUGCACACCAGAUGUUAGCCACAUUGAACAAAUGACGAUGAUUGUGCGAUUUCUUCAUGUGGUUGAAGCUUCAGAGAGCAACCCUUCUGGUGAAGUAAAUGUCCGGGAGCACUUCUUAGGAUUUAUUCCGUUAAACCAAACUACUGGUGCAUUGAUGGCAAACACAUUGAUGGAGGAGCUUGAAGGAAUGAAUUUAUCAAUUGACAAUCUCCGAGGCCAAGGCUAUGACAACGGAAGCAAUAUGAAAGGUAAACAUAAUGGUGUUCAGAAAUUAAUUCUAGAUAGAAACCCACUUCAGAAAAUUUAUAACUAUUUCUCUGCGUCAUCGCAUCGUUGGCAAGUUUUAUCGAAACAUAUAUCUCAGUUAACUGUGAAGCCCCUGAGCGAUACAAGAUGGGAAAGCCGAAUAGAUGCAUUGAAGCCUCCAAGAUAUCAACUGGGUGAUGUCUAUGUUGCACUUUUGGAAAUUGUUGACGACCCGAACUUGAACAAUUCUUCUGGCAAUACAUCUAGGAGUGAGGCGAAAGACCUCACUGAUGCAAUCUGUAAUGAUGCAAUUCAUGGUAUCUCUAGUGGCAUGGUACGACAUACUCAACGAGAUAAACGUUACAAGCAAAAUUCUGCAAGGAAAGUUGACUGA